AUGCCGCAAACUGCGAAGACCGGCAACGAGAACAUCAACAUCGACCUCGCCUCACCCCCCGGCUGGACAUACAUCGGUGGGGAUACCGUCAUCGGCAAUGUAGUCCGCCGUUCACAUAUCGUCACCCCCGACGCAAUGGUGACUCUCACACUGGUCGGACGCGUGAAAACAAAGAUCACGGUGAAGAGGAACAACGGCCAAACGACCAGCACCAGCCAUUACCGUGGUCGCUGGCAACUAUUCCAUACAUCGCGCGAGACUCUCUUCCACGGACCCUUACAUCUUCCCCAGGGCAGUGUGAACAACCCGCUUAUAUGGCCAUUCUCAGUUGAGAUCCCCACACGGCCAUCAUAUCAGGUGCUGCAGGGCCACUGUCCAGAAGAGAGUUACCUGCCGUUGGAUAAAGAGACCCUUGCCCGCAGCACAUUGCCUGCAAGCUUUUUCUCCAGUGGUCGCGGCUGGCGUACCUCCUCCGAGGCCUUCGUGGAAUACUACCUCGAGGCUCAGCUGAUAUAUGGUCGCUCCGGGUCGUUCGAGACUGAAAUAGCGACGUUUCCUAUCACAAUUCGACAUGCCCCGCAAGCCGGCAUCUUCAACUAUGACCUCCAGUCGCGCGUGCUCGCCGGAAGGGCCAAGAGCCAACGGCUCCUGCCGGGGAUGGAACAUGCGGAGCUAUCCCUGAAGCAAAAGACGCAGAAGCUCUUCGGUUCAUCCAAGGUGCCGGAGUUCCACUAUACGGUUGAGGUCAGUUGGCCUUACGCCAUUCAGCUCGAUCACCCAGCACCUGUCCCGAUUAUCAUUGGCGUCAAGCCUUCCAGCGCAAGUCCCGAGAUCAGGGACGUCGGACAGAAAGUUCAGUUAAACUGGGUCAACAUGACCAUUAAGUCUGAGACUAUGGUGCGAGCACCAGGAAACCUCACCCCGACAUAUACUCACAACCACACUCAUUCCUCCUCUCAUCCCAUUGGCUUGAAGCAGGCCUUUCUGAAGCUUGAGAACCCUAUCGUCUUUACCACUGGAAAAGGGAACGAGCCGGUUGACAUCGGCAGUAUGUUUGGGCUUCUCUUUCAUUCUAACGGUUCGACCGUUGGGGGUCUGCGGAACACUACCUACACGGGCCCGUCCCCUGACUUUGUCACGUAUAACAUUCUGCACAGGAAUGGAUUGGAACUGGCGGUCUCAUUGACUGUCGCAGAGGAAACUAAGGAGUUCAAAAUGAGCUCAGGACUAAAGAUAUUCGCUGCGGAGUGA